AUGUACCGUCGCUGUCAGAGUGUAGUGUACGCUGUAGCGAUGUGUGUGUCUGUGGCUCAGAGUGUAGUGUACGCUGUAGCAAUGUGUGUGUCUGUGGCUCAGAGUGUAGUGUACGCUGUAGCGAUGUGUGUGUCUGUGGCUCAGAGUGUAGUGUACGCUGUAGCGAUGUGUGUGUCUGUGGCUCAGAGUGUAGUGUACGCUGUAGCAAUGUGUGCGUCUGUGGCUCAGAGUGUAGUGUACGCUGUAGCGAUGUGUGUGUCUGUGGCUCAGAGUGUAGUGUACGCUGUAGCUAUGUGUGCGUCUGUGGCUCAGAGUGUAGUGUACGCUGUAGCGAUGUGUGCGUCUGUGGCUCAGGCUAGAGUGUAG